UUGGUUUGGUGCGCGAGACGACGUGAUUCGGAUAUCGGAUACGGGGAACUCGGGGUACGAGGCCCUGCUGCUGCUGUGUUGUGUAUAUUGUGUAUACAUACACAAAUGGCCGAAAUGUUUCACCAAAGAUGCGGAGAGCGUGUUAAUUUAAUAAAUGACAACUGUACCGCCGUCCGAAAUUUCUCUGUAUAUAAUUACGGACUCGUACUAAGCUCCGAACCGCUCAAGGAUGACGAACUUUUCGAGGUUCGCAUCGAUAAAAAGAUGGUAUCGUGGAGCGGAAGCAUUGAAAUCGGAGUGACAUCAUGUGAUCCAGAGAGUAUGGAGUUACCGGCAUGUGCCAAUAAGCUCAGACUUGGAUCAUGGAUAAUGUCAGGUUCUGGGAUUAUUCGUGACGGACAACCAAUUGUAGAACUGUAUGGAACAGAUCUCGACACUUUAGAGGAAGGAGAUUUUCUUGGAGUGAUGAGGACCUCGAAUAGCGAGCUAGUGUUCUAUAUAAAUGGAAUGUCUCAAGGUGUAGCAGCUACAAAUAUACCUUCACGGGUAUUUGCAGUAAUUGAUAUGUACGGUAACUGUGUCCAAGUAAGCGUGUCUCAGCCGAGGCCAACGCUUUCCAUAACAGACGUAACAAAUGAGACAGAAAUCAACAAUGAUCACGCACUUGCGCAAACGUCAAAUUCAUCAACGACAAACUUAGUUACCAAUCUGAACGUUAACGUUAAUGUAAAUAUCAAUCUACCGAAGAAUCCAAGUGCAGCUGCUAUAAGGGAGGACAGAUUAAGGUUCCACGAGCGGGUUGGAACUCUCAUUAAAUUGUCUAACAAUGCUAGAACGGCAGAGAGACGAAGACCACUCGACGAAUUCAAUAACGGUGUUGUAAUGACGCACAGAGCAUUAAGAGAUAAUGAACUGUUCGAGAUUCGAAUAGACAGAUUAGUGGACAAAUGGUCAGGAAGUAUCGAAGUAGGUGUUACUACUCACAGUCCAACAGCACUAGAAUUUCCCGCAACGAUGACAAACAUGCGAUCUGGAACAACCAUGAUGUCUGGUUGUGGAAUUUUGACCAAUGGCAAGGGUACUCAGCGUGAGUACGGAGAGUUCAAUUUAGACGAGUUGAGGGAAGGUGACAGAGUAGGAAUGAUUAGGCGAAGCAACGGGAACCUUCAUUACCUUAUAAAUGGCUUGGAUCAAGGUAUCGCCGCCAAGGUUCCCUCAGGUAUUUGGGGUGUGAUAGAUCUUUAUGGGAUGACUGUUAAAGUAACCAUCGUCGAUCGGGAUGAAAGAGAAGAACAAAACCUAGUGACUAGACGAAACACGUUACAUCUACAAGGAUUAAAUGGUGAAGAAAUGAUAGACGAUGAUGUGAUAGAUAGACUGAUGUUUCACGUAUGUUGUGGUACACAUGCGGAUGUAAUUAAUAAUGGAAGAACUGCUCAUAGGCCCAACGCUCUGGAUGAUUUCAACAAUGGUGUUGUACUGACUUCUCGACCAUUGCGUCCAAAUGAAUUAUUUGAAGUUAAAUUAGACAAGAUAGUUACAAAGUGGGCUGGAUCAAUUGAAAUUGGCGUUACUACUCAUUCUCCGACUGAAUUAGAAUUUCCUUUUACAAUGACUAAUGUAAGGUCUGGUACAUGGAUGAUGACAGGACAAGGUGUGAUGCAUAAUGGCACAAUGAUCAUAGAUAAAUAUGGACAAAAUCUGGAUCAGUUACAAGUUGGCGAUCGAGUAGGAGUAAUGAGAAACGAUGAUGGUUUGUUACACUUUUAUAUAAAUGGAGCUGAUCUUGGCGCAGCUGCCACAGGAGUGCCGGAUAGAGUUUACGGGGUUAUAGAUUUAUACGGGCAGGCAGCUCAAGCAACCAUAGUUGAUGGCACAGAUUUUUACAGCCCGACAACAAACAAUUCUAGUUUCAGCAAUACGACAUUGUACAGUGAUCUACGAUUUCAUCAUAUACAUGGAAAAAAUGCACGAAUAAUGAACAAUGGCUUGACAGCUGCUAGGCCUCGGGCUUUAGGGGAGUUUAAUGAAGCAAUUGUAAUUGCUAAUAGGGCGUUACGCGAUGGUGAAAUGUUCGAAGUCUCUAUUGAUAAAAUGGUCGAUAGAUGGUCAGGUGCGAUUGAAGCAGGUGUAACUGCAAUAAGACCAGAUGAGCUUGAGUUUCCUUCAACAAUGACAGACAUAGAUCACGAUACGUGGAUGUUAUCAGGUGCAAACGUAAUGCGAGACGGUGUAACAUUGCGCAAUAAUUAUGCUUGCAAUUUAGAUACACUCGUAGAAGGAAAUCGGAUCGGUAUAAUGAGGCAUGCCGACACAAGCUUACGCUACUACUUGGAUGGUGUAGAUCAGGGAAUCGCAUGCACCGGACUACCGCUACAUGUAUAUCCGGUUAUCGAUCUCUAUGGUCGAUGUGCGCAAGUAACUAUCGUCUUGCCUGAGCGCAGAGACACGGCGACGCAGCAAUAUUUACCAUCCGAGAAUAGCACAAGCCAGCAACCUACCUCGGUAAUUCAGCCCCAGGCCCAGGUCGAGAUAACUCAUAAAUUUCACGAGUCUGUCGGUGCAAAUAUUCAGCUGGGUUCAGAUAGAACCGUCGCCAUUCGUUGCCGAGAAUAUUCUAAUGCAAUAUUGAUCAGCGAAUGUCCCUUGGAAAGUAAUGAAGUGUUCGAAAUUUCUAUACAAGAAGUUGCUCAAGAGUGGUGCGGCUCAUUGAGAAUCGGUGUAAUGACCAACAACAACGGGAAUUGGUUUACUUCAAUGAAUUUAGUUCCUGGCAUGACUUCUAUACCGGAGGAUUCUUGGUAUUUAAUCGGGAACCAAGUUCGACACAAGGGAUACGUUCUGUCUUCAAAUUACUGUCCGAGUCUGGACUGGCUUCGAGUGGAUGAUAAAAUUGGUGUGAAACGAACACAUGAGGGGAACUUGAAGUUUUAUAUAAAUGGCGAAGACAUGGGAGUAGCUGCUACAAAUAUUCCCGAGGCAGUAUACGUCGUCAUGGAAUUAUUUGGUAGCACUCUAGGCAUCUGUGCAACGAGUAGUAAACAGCAAAACAUAGUCAUAUCACCAAAUGCUAGCCUCAGACUACAAGACUCUUUAGAAUUACUCUUGGAUCCAAUGCCGCCAAUUAUGAGAAAUGAUGCUGGGAUGGAUACCUCAAUUGAUGUUUCGGAGGGAAAACUAUUGAACGAAAUGGUACUCACGCCAACACAGCCGAUUACUACAUCCACGGGCGAUCCGAAUUGGAAUUAUGAGUUCCACGAAAAUCGAGGAAGAAAUAUCGAACUUGAAAAAAAAACUACAGCUCGAAGAGUCGCCAGCUAUAAUCAAGGUGUGGUGAUGUCACAUCGCCCGCUAGUCAAAGGAAAACCGUUUCAAGUGAAGGUUGAAAAAUUGAAUGAUCGCUGGGUAUCGGGUAUGCUAUGUGGAGUGACUUGUAUCUCUCCAGACAAAGUCAGCUUUCCAUUAACUGCUUUAGGCUUCAAAAAACAUUCCUGGAUCAUGUGUGGUGAUUGGAUAUCGCAUAAUGGUGUGAAAGUAAUAACGAGGUAUGGAAUGAAUUUAGAAAACCUUCAAGUAGGAAGUAUCGUAAGUUUAUUGAUAGACGAAGACUCAAGACUGCACUUAUACAUAAAUGGCUCCGAUCAAGGCAUUGCAGCUACAGAUUUGCCUCCUUACGUUUACGCUGUCAUAGACUUGUACGGCCAGUGUGAACAAGUUUCUAUAGUUGGGCCAAUUUCAGAGACAGCAUCGUAUGGUAAUAACAAUACGAAUAACAUGGCUGUUUUAACAUCUGUUGAACAACCGGAAACGGAGAUAGAGGACAUAGAGAAUUCCAGAGAAAAGGCUGACUUGGAAUGCCAUGAAAAAGAAAAUGCCAUUCCUGCGACACCUUCGAACUUGUCGUUGAAUAUUCCGAGUCAGAGUAAUAUUCAUCCGGCAGAGAACGAGAGUGCUGUCAACAUACUCAGUCCGAUUUCAUCUCAGAGCAACAACGUUUCGAGUUUAGGGAGUAACGCGAUUCAGAGUAAAGCAGGAAUGUCGAGUAGCAUCAACUCGGAAAGUAAUAACUUAGAAUCCUGUCCAGAAAUAAGCAGCGACACGAGGACCAAUCAGUUAGAAAAUAGUAAGGGAAAGCAUAACGUCGUUAAUGCAAAUAAUGCAAAUGAAAAUAAUGCAGCGCCGAAUCACUGUGUUCAAAGUAUCGAGAAUCUCACAAAUGAUGAAAAUAAUGAUGAUGAAAGUAAUGGCGUUACGAAUAUGCUCAGUAUUACUAACGAAUGUACAAACGUAGAAAUAAACAAUGCAACGAAUAUUAAUAUUAAAAAUGGAUGCGCCGCAAACUGCAGCCAUAUGUCUAAUUUAAGCACCGCCAUCACUUCUACAAAUGCCAAUAACGCAAUAAAUGAAAGCAUUGCUUCCAACAGUUCGAACCAGAAUAACGUGUCCAACAAUGCCUUGAGUAUGUCACAGAACAGCGUUACAUCAACCUCUCAAAACCAUCUCUCCUCGAGUUCGCAAGUUAACGUGUCGAUGAGUUCUCAAGACAGUAACACAAAUCAAAAUCGUAAUAAUCAAACGCAAAACAAUACUGUAACAAAUUCAUUUGUCGCUAACAUGCAUAACGAAAGUCAUCACGUUGUUCACAAUUCAUCUUCAUUUUCAUCCUUACCAAUCACAUCUCUGCCGUCCACUCCACUAGCAGUGCACAUCACUUCGGCGAAGAAAUGCGAGUACUUGAAGGCCUGCCUUAGGUUUAAAAAAUCCCUCGUAUUACCAGAGGAAUUUUUUACUGGCGAAGACAUUUCAUGCUAUUGCAGUUCAUGUUUUAAAGCCGAAGGCGACAGUGUGAUAUGCAGGAAAGGAGAACCGCCUUCCGAAUUUGCCUUUCCAGUUGGAUGGGUCAGAUUUCCACUAAAGCCAACCAUCAAUGCCAUCCAAAUACCACAGAACACUCUAGACAAAUGGCAUGUAGCCUUCUACGGGACACGAUUAGAUGCUAUUAGGUGGAUACUGGAUAGGGGAGAGCUGCUGACCAAAGAGCAAUUAGACACAAGCAAUCUAACUACAACUAUAAAUAGCGAUGAUCAAAAUCCUCAAGUUGUUUUUUCACCAAAUAUUAAAUACGCCGCUUCCAAGGAAUUUGCAAGCAAAUAUGCGUACAUUGAUACGCAAUCGAAUAAAAAACUGAACGCAACCACUGCGUUCCAACUACUUGUCAGGCCUGGUUCCUACACAAUGGGCCCAGGGAAAGAUUGUCCCGAGCCACACUUGGAAUCGACAGAAUGGGCAACCAAGGAGGGAGGUGCUACAGUGAUCAUAGCAUUUCUUGUACACCUUGACGGAUUUUAGAAACGGAACGAAUACUUCUAUUUGAUUUGUUAUCAUUAAUUUAUUUGGUUUUCUGUCAAUUUACGUUUGUUGUAUAUAUAUCAUAUAUCUCCUACGCUUCUGCAUUUUAUUCACUGUAUUAAUUUUGUGAUUAAAGGGCUGUGCGUUGCUCUUGAUCCUUUUGCAAAAUGGACGGUCUAUUUUGAUACUCGCAGCUAAACUAUUACACUUUCAAAAAUUCAUAUGAAAAACUAUAAUCAGCUAAUUUAUCCGCAUGUCACCCAUUGAUCGACGAUAAAAACGAAAAAUUGUAAAAUAUUUAACAGUUGCGAAACUGAAAAUCUCUUUUUGAA